UUGUACGCAUUGUACUCCCGGGACAUAACGUGGGUUCCCAUUGGGAACCAGGCCGACGUGUUUGCAGACUGCAGCAUCGGCCCCGUGCACGACGACAUCCUGAUAGCUCAGCUACGUCCAGGACAGGAGCUGGACAUCACCAUGCACUGUGUGAAGGGCGUGGGAAAGGACCAUGCUAAGUUCUCCCCGGUGGCCACGGCCAGCUACCGGCUGCUGCCGGACAUCAGCCUGCUGGAAACGGUGGAGGGGGAGCGGGCCGAGCGCCUCAAGCGCUGCUUCUCACCGGGAGUCGUGCAAGUGGAGGACGUGGACGGGAGGAAGGUGGCCAGAGUGGUCAACAGCCGGCUGGACACCUGCAGCAGGGAGGUCCUCCGGCACAGCGACCUGAAGAACGCCGUGAAGCUGGGCAGAGUGCGGGACCACUUCAUCUUCACAGUGGAGUCCACCGGCAUCCUGCCUCCAGAUGUGCUGGUGACAGAAGCCAUCAAAGUCCUGAUGACCAAGUGCCAGACGUUCCUGAACGAGCUGAACUCCACAGACCUGGGCUAG